AUGAGUGACAAAGAUACCGCAAUGUCCAACGCUCCCCCGAGUAUACCACAAGCAGAGGAAAUAAUCGAUCUUAGUCGUAGAGAUUCUAAGGCACUGCCGGAGUCGGAUGAUCAAUGGCCGGAAGGUGAGCGAGAAGUGUGUGAAGUUCGCAGCCAACAUAUAAAGAAUGGACACACGUUUGUGGUGACCACAGUGCGUACCGAAACCACUACCAUGACCAGCACGGAAACUAGCAUGGAAACUAUUAAAAAACAGCAAGAAGAAGAGAAGGAUAAUCUAAAAGCCAUACCCAUAGGGAUAGAAGAAAAUCUUCCCUCAAUUAAAAAUAUGGAAGAGGAACAACCAUGUUGUAGCAACAGCAGUUCCUGUUCAUCACCGGAACACACAAAUAAAGCCAUUGUACCUCUAUCCUCCUCACUGCCUUCGAAGCUUUUGCGCUUCCAUGCCAAACGUUCUGCGCAGGCUUUACUACAUCAAGUCGAUUCACAAAAUCAAUCAAUGGACUCACAAUUUGGCAGUGAUGAAGGUAUGCCAACGGGAAGUGGCACUGGCAACACUAGUGAUGAUGAUAGCUGCCACGAGAGUAUGGGAGCCUCAGCUCCACCCAUGUCUCCACCACCACCACGCAAUUCACCCUCCGAAAAUGGUGAUGAAAAAAUUGAUGUUGGUAUGGGCUCCUCAAUUGAGGGUUCCGAAGAAUCCGAGGAGGAUGAUGAACUCAAACCCUUGGCUGUGGAUAAUCAUGUUUUACAUGACAUCGAUUUGACAUCGUCGCCAACACGUAAUUCGCCACUAAGUCCCGUGGCAGAUACCAGUUUAACCAGCAGCACCGGCACAACUACCACUGCAGUAUUAAGUGAGGCUAAUUUAGAAAAAUUCCGCAAAAAUCAAACCGGAUCUCAUACACAUCAUCCGCACAUGGAUAAUAUCUAUUUACAUCCGAAUUUCAAAUAUGAUAUUGCAGCAGAACCGAAUGCCACUGUAGUCAACACCACCGAACAAAAACGUGUUCAUCGUUCCUUUUUAACGAUGAAAAAACCUGAGCCGGAACCGGCAAAUUCUGUGGUGUCCCAGGCCACCACAGUUUCCAUGGACAACAAUAAACCUUUGGUCAAUGAAAUUGAUACCUUGGAUCCAGCACUAAUUCCCAGUGAUGAGCUGGCUAGUGAAGUUGCCGAAGCUGUGGAAUUUUAUUUCUCCAAUGAAUCCAUACUCAAGGAUGCCUUCCUGCUGAAACAUGUCAAACGCAACAAGGAGGGUUUUGUAAGCCUUAAAUUGGUGUCGAGCUUCAAACGGGUACGCCAACUGACCAAGGAAUGGAAAGUUGUGGGUAACGCCGUUCGACGCAAAUCCACUAAAAUCGAAUUAAAUGAUUUGGGCACCAAGGUACGACGUAUUGAUCCCUUGCCCAAUUUCGAUGAAACCAUGCCCUCACGUACCAUUGUGGUGUGUGAUCUGCCUUUGGAUAAACUGACCAUUGAAAAGGUUUCUGAUCUCUUUUCGAAGUGUGGUGAAAUUGCCCUGAUACGCAUUCUAAAACCUGGCAUGGCCAUACCCGUAGAUGUGCGGCAAUUUAUGAAUAAAUAUCCCGAGAUGCAACAAAAGGAGUGUGCUCUCGUGGAAUAUUUGGAAUCUGCUUCGGCACGUGAGGCUCGUAAUUUACAGGGUCCCUUUAAGGUUUACGAAAUGGUUGCACCGAAAAAGAAGACCGGCAAGAAGGCAGUUAUUCAGGUCACUGCUCCCGUUGUACGAAUGGUGGAGAAUUAUCGCUACUUUAAUGAUCACAACUAUGAACGUACGCGAGGCGGUAGCUUCAGUGGUGCCGCAGUGGCUCAUGAUUUUGAUUUGCGUUAUCGUUUGAAACGCAACAAUUCCGACUUCUCAGCCAAGACAUAUCCUACAGAAAUACCAAAUGCCUAUGUUGCUAAUGGAGGACAUCAACAGUUCCAUGGACAUGCUCCAGCCUACAAUGGAGCACAUCGCGGUAGCUUUGGUGCCAGUGAACCACAACAUCAGAAUAUGAGUAGUUCUGCAGCUCCGACGACGACUGGACAUCAUCACAGUUACCAUUAUCAACCUAGGGGAAGUAUAAGCCAAGAAUCUGGACCACAAAGUCCCAUUUCACCGGGAACCAAUCCCAAUUACUUUGCCUAUAAUCCAAGACGUUAUAGUAACACCUCUACCAUAUCGGCAAAUACUGCAGCUAAUAUGAAUACGACAAUGGUGGAUCAAAACAAACCAAUUCAUCAUCAACACCAUCACAGCUCCAGUGGUUUGAUCAACAGUGGAUCGGGAUCGAAUUUACAAAGACGUCUGUCCAAUUGCUCGCAAGAAGGUGGCGGCGGUUAUGCCGAUAUGGUAAGACGCACAUCAAACUGUUCCGAUAAUGCACCACAGAGGCGAGAUUCAAAUUGUUCCGAUAAUUGUCCUUGCUCAAGACGUGUCUCAGAUUUUGGACAAAAUACGGAGGUCUAUCGCAAGUCUUCUUUGGGUUCAGUGGGUAGCAACAGUGAAAGACGUUUCUCCAAUGGUUCGAUGCAAUUCGAGAGAACCUUUUCGAAUGCCAGUGACAUCAAUAAUGUCAGGAGCAACGAGAACAGCUAUCAUCGUCGUAUGUCCAACGAUUUCAAUUUGGAUCGUAAACAGUCAUUGGACACACAACCUGGAACACCCUAUGAAGAUCCCAAUGUUGGUGGAGGUGGCGGUGGGUAUAAUGUCUUCCCCAGACGUUAUUCGAACAACUUUAACAAUAUCAGCAGUAAAUUGGCUCAAUACGAUAAUGCUCAAUAUAUUGGAGGACGUCGUAUAUCCACCGAUUCUGGUUACGAUCGUCGUUGUUCAUUUGGUUCGGAAUAUGAAGGUUCGCCACGAUCACGUACCGGUAGUUUUUUGAAUAGCUACAAACAUGGACAGAAUGAUUAUGAUGGUCAGCCGAGAUCACGUACCGGCAGUUUUAUUGAUGGUUCACCGCGAUCCCGUUCGGGAUCUUUUGCUACCCGUGCAGCGGAACAUUUGGUACGUACACCCAUGGGUCCUGAUGGCAGUAAAGGUUUUGGUUUCCGGGCACGUAAACUGGAGCAGACAAUUGGACCGGUUUAA